UUCUGUAUAUGGAGGUUGCCUGAACUGGUGAAUCUGUAUCCAUUCAAUAUUACUUUGGAAUAAAAUCUAAUAAGGUUCCAGGAAUGACUAAAAUAAAAACUCAAUGGAAGGAAUUUUUAGAGGCAAUAAGUGUUCUGCAAUGGGUACUGUCCUUUCUCUUCUUAGGAGUGGCUUGUUAUAUCAUGAUCGUGUAUCUUAUGUUUACCUCGUUGUGGCCGCUCUCCACUCUGUACUUCAUAUGGCUGGUGAUGGACUGGCAAACCCCUGAAAGAGGGGGUAGGAGAACAUCAGCUGUGAGGAAGUGGAGGGUAUGGGAGCAUCUCAGAGACUUUUUUCCCAUCAAAUUGGUGAAGACAGCUGAGUUGAAUCCAAACAAAAACUACAUCUUAGGCUGUCAUCCACAUGGUAUCAUGAGCGCUGGAGCCUUUACCUGCUUCAGCACAGAAAGCUGUGGCUUCACUGAGGCGUUUCCUGGGGUGCGACCCUCCCUGGCUAUACUGGCCGGACUCUUCAGGAUACCACUCCUUAGGGAGUACAUAAUGUCUGCAGGCCUUCUUCCAGUCAGCAAACCAAGCCUUGUCCACCUCCUUUCAAAAAGUGGCAAAGGAAAUGCAGUGGUGAUUGUGAUAGGGGGCGCUGCUGAGUCUCUGGCAUCCUCUCCGGGAGUAAACAUAGUGGUUGUGAAGCAGAGAAAAGGAUUUGUCAGGACGGCCCUUGAGUUUGGGGCUGAUCUGGUGCCUGUUUACUCAUUCGGGGAGAAUGACCUCUUUAAGCAGGUGAUUUUCUCAGAGGGCAGUCUGAGUCGGAGGUUACAGGACCUGUUUAAAAGAAUUGUGGGUUUUGCCCCGUGUCUAUUUGUUGGUGAGCGCUUGGCAUUCCUGCCCUACAGGACUCCAGUUACCACUGUUGUGGGAAGUCCCAUCUCAGUCCCAAAGUGUGCUACACCUACUGAGGAGGAAGUUGACCACUAUCAUACACUUUACAUGGAGGCCCUGUCCAAGUUAUUCCAUGAACACAAAGUCAGCUGUGGACUGUCUGAAAGCCACAAGCUUCGAAUCAUUUAGACAUUUCACUGCAAAAUGAACUGCAUAGCUGUGUUUGUAUAUGCUGUUUUUAAAUGAGGCUUAACUUUAAUGGGACUUAAAGUGUGGAUCUGAUGAGCUGAACUCGAUGUUCAGUAGAUUGGGGAAUGGAUUGCUUGCAGGUUUCUGUGUUCAUAAUGUAAGUUCUGCAUGUAUUUGAAGAUAUUUAACAUGAAUAUAUGCCUUAAAUGAUAAUAAAGAUGUGACGCCCAUUAUGUGGGAAUGCUGUGUUCACAAAGCACUGACAAUGUCUUGGUAUGCUGUAUUUGACUUGAUACUUGUGAUGAAAGGCCAUGUGCUUCAAAUAAAAUUUGCUGCCUAUG